GCAUCAGAGUCCAUUUUCUCCACACUGCUGAAAUCUCUUUUCAGAGCCUCAAUGUCCUUUUAUGACUCAACACCUCUAGGGAGGAUACUCAGCCGGGUGUCUUCUGAUCUGAGCAUCAUCGACCUUGAAAUAGCUAUCAAGUCAGUAAUUGCAGUUGGAUCAACCAUGAAUGCCUACUUAAUGCUGGCAGUACUGGGAAUUCUUGCCUGGCCAGUUGUGUUUGUUAUCAUUCCCACAGUUUACCUAAGCAUACUCCUUCAGAAAUACUAUUUUGCUUCUUCAAAGGAGUUGAUUCGAAUCAAUGGAACCACAAAGUCUGUGGAGGCCAGCUACCUUGCUGAAUCCAUUGCUGGAGCCAUGACAAUACGAGCUUUUGGGGAGCAAGAACGAUUCUUUAAAAAGAAUCUAGACAUUAUUGAUGCCAAUGCAUGUCCUUACUUCCAUAGCUUUUCCGCAAAUGAGUGGUUGAUCCAACGCUUGGAGAUACUGUGUGCAGUUGUUCUCACAUCGUCUGCUCUUGCCCUG